AUGUCCCGACGCGCGAUUGGAGACGCUGUUUACCAGGAUGCGGCGGGUGUUAUCGUGGCGAACAAUGAUAGACUCGUGGGCAAUGAGAUCAACGAGCAAGUCAUACACGACGGUGCGAUGGCCGACGCACAGGAGCACAAGUCAACGCGCUGGGAAGCGUUCUUGACUCAUCGGAAAGCAAUAUUCUGGAGCAUGGCUCUUUCUGGCGCACUGAUCAUGGAAGGGUAUGAUGUUGUCCCCAACUUCAUCUUUGUUUUAUUAGCCAACUUCUUGCGACGCUUCGGUGUGCCUGCACCCGGCACUGAAAAUGGUUAUGUGAUCCCAGCAGAAUGGCAGUCCGGGCUCAGCAACGGCUCCUCCGCUGGUGGCAUCAUCGGUCUCUUCAUCAACGGUUGGGCAGCCGAACGUUUCGGGGCCAAGAAAGUCAUGUUCACCGCUCUAGUGGCUCUCACCGGUUUCGUCUUUAUCAUGACAUUUGCAUCUUCCCUGACUAUGCUCGUGGUUGGUGAAGUCUUGUGUGGCAUACCCUGGGGUAUCUUCCAGACGCUUACCACCGCGUAUGCGUCAGAAGUGUGCCCAAUCCACCUUCGGGGGUAUCUGACCGCGUAUGUCAACCUCUGCUGGGGAGUCGGCAUUCUACUCUCCUCAGGUGUCGUAACUGCAACAUUGAAUAUCGAAAGCGACUGGAGUUGGCGCCUGCCCUUUGUGGUCCAAUGGGUGUGGAUCAUUCCCUUGUGCACUAUUGUAUACUUCUGCCCUACCAGCCCUUGGUGGCUCGUCCGUCAGGGUCGACUUGAGGAUGCCGAAGCAAGCUUACGUCGUCUUACCAACCCCGAGCGCUUCACCGACCAGGACGCGCGCAACACAGUGGCCAUGAUGGUUCACACCACCGAGCUCGAGAGGCAAGCCACAGCCGGGGCAAGUUACAUCGAUUGCUUCCGCAAGAUGGAUCGGCGCCGAACCGAGAUCGUUAUGCUCACCUUCGCAAUGCAACUUCUUUCUGGAGAAAACCUCAUUGGACAAGGUGUUCAGUUCCUUCAGCAGGCUGGAAUUUCCAAUCAGCUGUCUUUUGACCUCAACAUGGUUCUUAAUUCAAUGUUCAUCAUUGGCACGAUCUUCUCAUGGGGUUUGUUGAGCGUCUUCGGCCGCCGGACCUUGUAUACCUCUGGCAUGGCAUGCAUGGCCGUCGUACUGUUCAUCAUCGGCGGUCUCGGUUUCGCUACUCAAACCAGCCAAAUCACAAUGGCAAUUGGGUCGUUGCUCAUCGCGCUCAACUUCGUAUACAAUGCAACUCUUGGACCGAUCUGCUACACUUUAAUUGCGGAGGUUUCGUCCACCCGGCUGCGCCAAAAAUCCAUCGUGCUGUCGCGAAUCGCUUAUCAGAUUAUGAACAUAAUCUGCGGUAUCAUUGUCCCUCGCAUGCUUUCCCCGACUUCGUGGAAUUGGGGCCCAAAGAGUGGUAUUUUCUGGGCAGUAUCAGCCACUCUCAGCACCCUCUAUUGCGUUCUGCGCCUGCCGGAGACGCGCGGCAGGAGUUACGGUGAACUGGACAUGCUAUUUGAGAGCAAUGUACCUGCAUGGAGGUUCGCUACCACCAAGGUCGACCAGUUCGGUUAUCACAUGCGGGAUCACAAGGUUUCGGAAGACGCCGGGGAGGUAAAGGGGGAUACUGUUAUGGCGGACAGAAGGCGCGAGUAUGAGCUAUAA